UAGAAGUUUUUACCACGUUGGUCCAGUGGCAGAAGACUCCUGCGAAGUCAUCAACACGCUACGCUUCUUUUACAGCAGGACAGUUCUGCAGGAGGCUUUAGGGUCACAGAGGCGUCAUGGCAGAAGAGGCCAAGAAACUAGCAGGCUACGCUGCGGUGGAUAACCAUGUCCAGAACAACCAGGUAGUUGGAGUGGGCAGUGGAUCCACCAUUGUGUAUGCUGUAGACAGACUAGCGGAGAGGGUUCGUCAGGAGAAACUCAACAUCGUGUGUGUCCCCACCUCCUUCCAGGCUCGUCAGUUGAUUCUGCAGCAUGGUCUAACCCUAUCGGAUCUGGACAGACACCCAGAGCUGGAUGUGGCCAUCGACGGGGCGGACGAGGUGGAUGCGGCUCUCACACUCAUCAAGGGAGGAGGAGGCUGUCUGACUCAGGAGAAGAUCGUAGCCGGCUGUGCCAAACACUUCAUCGUCAUCGCUGACUUCAGGAAGGACUCCUCGGUCCUGGGUCAGCAGUGGAAGAAGGGUGUUCCUGUUGAGGUGAUCCCUGUGGCCUACGUCCCCGUCUCCAGGACGAUAGCCAAGCGCUUCGGAGGGGAGGCAGUACUCCGCAUGGCCGUCAGUAAAGCUGGUCCGGUGGUAACAGACAACAGUAACUUCAUUCUGGACUGGAAGUUUGAACACGCUCACAACUGGAAGGAGGUCAAUACCGCUAUUAAGAUGAUACCAGGUGUGGUAGAGACGGGUCUGUUUGUGGGGAUGGCUGAGAGGGUGUACUUUGGGAUGGAGGAUGGCAGUGUUCGUGUGAGAGACCCUCCAGUCAUCUGACCUGUCUGGGACCUUCCACCAACCUCCCUGUCUGGGACCACCAUCUAAACCACAGUGCCUUCUAUUCUGGGACCACCAUCUAAACCACAGUACCUUAUAUAUUGGGUCCCAAAUGGCACCCUAUCCUUUACAAAGUGCACUACUUUUGACCAGCCCUAUGGGUUAUGAUGGGGUUAGGGUCCUAUGUAGCGGAUAGGGCGCCAUUGGGGGAAACCAUAUUCUUUCACCUAUGGACUCUGCCUGAUCUGACAUGGUGUAUAACUACAGGUUGACCUCACAACAUCUACCAUGACAUGUACAGGCUCUACCUUUUUGUAUGUUUAAAAGUUGAAACAUGUAUGUACACAUAAAUACAUUAAACGAUGAAAAACGAGGUUAUA